UACACGGUCGUGGCCGGGGGCUGGUCAGAGCGCAUAUAUGAACAUCGGCCUCUUUAAUUAUUAACCCGUGACAUUGUGUAUCUUCACAUAAGGUUAUGACUAAAAGUUUAAGAUGAGUGACAAAUGUGAAAAAGUCAAUGCCAAAAUUACUGUUGAAUUAGAGGUACCAGACGAUUCAGAACACGUCUUUUGUCCAGAAUUUCAUUUUUCGACGAUUUCCUGCUACAUAUGUAAUGGAUACUAUGGCCCAUGCUUCGAAGAACCUGUUUGUGCAACUUGCCACGCAUUUUUAUUUCCAGAUGAUGUAGGAUUGUUGCAAAUUCCAACUUUUAGUGAGAAAACAGAUGAUGAAGAUUCAGGAAAUGAUGAGCCGACUGAUUUAUGUUAUAACAUUGAACGAAGAUCUAGUCAGCAGCAACACAAUGUACCACAAAUCUCCAGCAAUUCCUUACGAAACCUGCAAUUUAUGCUUGAUCAGUCCUCCCCGCAAAGAUCUUUUCUGGAACUUCAGAAACUUGUUAUUCAGAAAAAUAAUCAUUCUUUUCAAGAAGACUCUAGUACUGCUUUUUCUAUUCAGGACGUCACUUCCAUGCGAAGUUAUCUUAACAAUUAUGCUACAAAUGCGAGUUCACAAAAUAUUUUUAAACAUUCGGAAAGAAUUGUUAAAAAAACCCCAGCUCGCCCUCAUGAUCAAAAUUUCCAAAACGACAGACUUUUCGAAGAAGACAUUCGAGGUACUGAGAAUUUAUUUUCCUCGAUAGAAGUGAAAGAUUUUGAAAAUGAUGUGCACUGGCCAUGGAACUUCCAUAUUUCUCCCGAGAUGGGAGAAUUGUCAAGGCCGAGAAGUUUAUCAGAAAGAUUAGAAAUGUUAACGAAUCACAAGCAUAUGGAACACGAACCUAUUAACGAACCUGGACUCGUCGAAAGAUUGCCACCUGAAGUCUUACUCACAGUAUUUUAUUACUUAGAUGAUUUGAGUUUGUGGUCUGCAGUAAAUGUAUGUCGUAGAUGGUAUGGUUUAUUAUCUACACAUGUUACAUCUCAGCAUUGGCAACAAAAUGUAAGAUUACGUUGGCCGUUGUAUAAAUCGGUAAGUUACGUUCCUGACUGGUAUAAGAUAUACGAUCAACUUGCUUCGUCAUCACCCUGUCGAACCUGUUUGGUUCAAACAUCCCUACAAACAAAGCUUCCUAGAAUGGAGGAAAAUUCUUGGCGACGGAACAGACUAAGAAGCGAAUUAAAAGGAUUAAGAAUUGACCCUCCAGAGGGUAUUGAAGCUGUACCUCUGGACCAGAUGUGCUAUCACUGGCAAGCUACUAUAACUGGUCCAGCAGGAAGUCCAUAUGAAGGGGGAUUGUUCUUCUUAUAUCUGCAAGUUCCGUAUAGUUACCCAAUGCGACCACCAGCUGUGAGAUUCCUUACAAGAAUACUACAUCCUAAUGUUUCGAGGCAUGGUGAUGUCGGAAUUGACUCUAUACACCACAAUUGGUCUUUAGCGCUAACAAUAUCUAAGGUGCUCAUAAGCGUACAGAGUUUAUUAACGGACCCAUACUGUCAGAUCUGCAUGGAACCUGAGUUGGGAGAUAUGUAUAUUAAUGACAGAGAGAAAUUCGAAGAUAUAGCAAGAUUAUGGACCUGGAAAUAUGCUAUGCACGAUGUAAUUACGCGUUUAUAGAUAUUCUGGAAAUUGUUUUAUAUUUGAAAAAAAUUAGUAAAGUUUCAUGUACGCAAA